AUGCAUCGUGAAGACACUGUCGUCUCUUCGUACCACAUUGUGGGUACAGAGCACCGUUCAGAGAAGCCCCAUCCCUACCAAGAUGCCAUAGUUCCUCGAGCAAUCAGAUCUGCGACAGAUGUCUGGGCGAUUCUGGGAGCGCUCACCGACGUCGUUGGUGCGUUGCUGGCUUUAUGCUUCCUAGUUUUUGGCAUCGUGGUCGUCUACACAAAUGACCGCUCGAUCGAGUCGGCACCAUGGAUCCCUGCCAUACUGUCUGCCACACAACUUGGUCCUACGAUUUUCCCUAUCCUCUUCGCUGCAAUCGCCGGUCGAUCCCUGAAAGCCGUUGCAAGCUGGAAGGUCGAGCAUGGCGCAACGAUCGGUGCACUCGAACAGUUGCUGGGCAGUAGGACACUACUCUCCACUUUUUUCCUGCAGAUACAUAUGCGGGCCUUCAACUUAUUGGGUGUCGCACUGGUGUUGCUCUGGGCGCUUUCUCCUCUUGGUGGCCAAGCGGCACUGAGGGUUGCUCGUAUGAUUCAAAGCGAGGAAAUCACCGCCCAAGACAUGACUUAUGUCGACUUUACGUCACCCUUGAUAAACAGGGGCCCGGGAAAGGGGGAUUUUCUCGAUGUGAUAGAUGGAAUAUUUGUGGCUGAAUUGUUGAGUCCUGCAGUCAACAAGAUCUCCCCUAUGGACACGUGGGGAAACGUGCGCAUCCCGAUGUUGGAAGCUCUCGAUGAUUAUACCGAAGAAGGAGAUUCAGCAGAAUGGCUGAAGAUCGAUUCUUCGAAGAACACGACUUGGUCGUCCUUGAAAGGAGUACCUCACGGGCCCAGAUAUACUGCUGAAAACCGCACAUUUCAACUCGAGACUGCAUACUGGGUCACAACCUGCCAACCAGGGCGUUAUCAUUAUGAAGUCGAAUGGCUGGGUACGAGUAUCGAUUAUUUCACUGGCCCCGGGGUGAUCAACGCGACUGGGUACUGGGAGUCGGCACGUAACUGGGCGUGGUUUCGACUCGAGACCGAACGACGGUCCGCAAAUCCAUAUCUAUUGCAGUAUGAAAAGUAUGUCUACGAGAACGUUAGCCAACCACUGCCCGACCACGAGUUUAAAACAGACUACAAUUUCACCUGGCUGCCCUCAACGCCACGUAUCUUCCAUUUCGAAACAGCAACGACCAAUCGCACACUCUAUUCUUUCACCUGCACCUUGCAGACCUCAUACGUAGAGGCCGAGGUCUCCUGCAUCAACGACGCCUGCGCCGCGACCGCAAUACGCCGAUCCCAACAACCGCACAACAGUACCAACUGGUCCACCCUGGACUUCAUCCCGUUGACAGGCUCAGCGUCAUUCUACGAAAGAUUCAUUAACGCCACCCGGCCAGUCCAAGACGGGCGCAGCACCGCGACCGAAGGCUACCUUACCGACCCAUACACGCCAUACAUGGCAUCCUUCGCGAACGGCGACGCCGGCACAAACGGCUCAAGCCUGGGCUCUAGCUGGAUCGACAUCGGCGCCGUAUCGCCUUUCUCGCCUCUAGUCAGCAGGCGCCUCUCCCAGCUCCUCAACACAUACUGGCUGGCCAACAUCGCGCCCACGGCCGUGACGGGCGUGCUCCUCACCGACGCAGACAAUCACUACAAGGGCAAGAUCGUCCCCAGCACCGAGCACCACAUGGUCAACACGACGGCACAGGCCUCCACCUCCCGCCUCGUGCUGCGCUACAACCUCCCCUGGCUAUUGAUCCUGUUCGUCGCGUCCACCGUUCUGACCCUGUGUGCGCUGGCCUCGCUGUUCUUCAACCUCCGCCGCACAGGCCCCGAUAUCCUCGAGAGCUUCUCGAGUUUCACGCGCGACAAUCCUUACAUGGUAGCGGCGGAGGGGCAGCACUCUGGACCGUUACUGGGUGUUCGCGGUGGGCCUGGUGCAACAAAGACGGCUGGCUCGAAUCUUGACGGCGUGGAGCGCGCUCGUCUCCUCAGAGAUGUCACCGUCAUACUGGCGGAUGUCGCGGUCGAUGAGCCGGUGGGGCAUAUUGCGCUCACGACGGCUUUGCCGGCAGGUUUUGCGGAUGAGGGCGCUGGUACCGGUGCUGCGCGUAAUGACGCCGUGGCUUUGUUGCGGAAGGGGAGGCUGUAUGAUUAA